AUGGCAGAGAGAGAGAGAAACAGCAGCCCUGGCACUCCCCCAACCAGCUCCUCUCUGGAUGAAUCCGGGCACCCUUUGGGCUCCCCCCUUGGCGUCUGUGCCCGUGCAGGUGAGCCAAAAUACCGCUGCGGCCACAGCAGGAUCCUCCUGCAGGAAGACUUGCAGAAUCUCUGCAGGAAUCCCUCUUACACAGCCUGCCUGACCUGGAUUAUACGAAACAGUAGCAACCCCAUUUGUCAGGGUUGUAAGGCAGAAGAUUCUGGUCUUGCCGGGGAAGAAAAUUUACUCUCUGAAGAAAAGGGUCUUAGCGCAGCUGCCAUUAACAAGGAGGUUCCGGGAUCUGCGGUGCAUUGUGGGAUACCAAGAUGCAGCUGGAUGGGCGCCAUGACCAAUUUGGAAGAUCAUCGGCGCGUGUGCGAAUAUGUCCUGGUCAACUAUGGUCAGGCAGCGAUGUGCAGGAUGUCGAUGGAUCCAAACGCUGGCAAUAUCCCCGGGACAUCCAAGAACGAACACCAGAAUCCUUCAGGACUUUCCUCCAGCGAUGAAGACUGCCGAUUCUCCAGCAUUGGAUGCCUGUUCAAGGGAAACGCAGGGGAUCAAAGAGUGCAUGAGAAAAACGCUGCAGGAAGACAUCUGUUGCUGCUGCUCCAGUACGUCAAGCACCUGAAGGCCAGUUCUUCCCCAAGAGGCAGUCAGCCCAGCUCACCUUUAAUAGAUGCCAAGCUUUGGAUGAAUGGCCCUCUCAGCCUGCAGAUUCAAGAUCCUGGGGGAGACAGCCCCUUCUCUGCAUUGCCGGUGGAGGAGGGGGAGGUGAGCUGGUGCACGCUCUUGAGGAGAGUGAAGAGGGUCUCUUGGCUGGAGAGCAAGCUGCAGGUCUUUGAGAACAUCACGUCUGUGCUGAGCAAGGAGAUGACUACAUCCCGCCAGAAGAUCUUGGCCUUCCGGGGACAGAGGGGCCUUGACCAAGAUAUGAUUCGCGGCUUAGAGCUGAAGAUUGCCGAUCUCCAGCGAUGCCUGGUGCAGAAAGAUGCCACCCUUACUAGAUUGGAGAAGCGACUUCACUCCUCUGAGCAAGCUUCUUAUGAUGGUGUCUUCCUCUGGAAAAUUACAGAUAUACACCAGAAAUGCUAUGAAGCCAUAUGUGGGAAGAUCAACAGCUUUCAGUCCCCUGCAUUCUACACCUCUCGAUACGGGUACAAACUGUGCAUGAGGAUCUAUCUGAAUGGAGAAGGCAGAGGCAGGGGAACACAUAUCUCGCUCUUCAUCGUGCUUCUCAAAGGGGACUAUGAUGCCCUGCUCCCCUGGCCAUUCACACACAAGAUAACCUUCAUGUUACUCAGUCAGGACAACGGAGACCAUCUUGUGACAGCUCUCCAUCCUGAUCCCACCUCCGCCUCAUUUCAGAGGCCAGGGACUGACAUGAACGAGGCCAAUGGCUUUGCCCGGUUUGUCCCUUUGGCCAAAUUACAGUCACCGAAAUACACUUAUUUAAAAGAAGGCACCUUGUUCCUCAAGUGCAUCGUAGAAACCAGUUCGUGAAUCCCUCUUUCUGGAGCGAGGGCAUAGGUAAAAGCUGGGAGCAACAUUGGAAACAUCUCAGGUUAUGGUAUAACAUGGCCCGGAUAAGGUCGAUUCAGGGUGAUCUAACCUGCAUUGAAACCAGUUUGGCUCUGCACUGGAGCCAGCCGUGUGCUCCAGUUUCCUGUCUCCACCUCCUUUCCUUGAGUCCCUAGUCCUAGCCCACACUGCCUUUGUGUCAUUUUUAAAAGCUGUUUUCCUUUCAUUGCAAAAGUCAAACGCUGGCAUGACAAGAUGACAAAUGUGGCUGUUUUUGUGAACAUGUGAAAUGCCAAGCUUUGGGUGUCGUGUGUGAGAAUUGUCACGUUACAUUUUUCUGUCAGGAGUGCAACUUUCAGCUCAUUAAUUUUUUUUUAAAUUAAUUGACCGGAAGCAGGGUUGUAAACCCCAUUAGAAAGGUUUUAAUUGGUGUACAAUGGAUCCUGUGUAGUUUAUUUAACUGACUGAUUAAACGUGCAUCUGA